AUGACAAAAUUACAAAUUUAUAAUUAAUUAAAUAUUGUUAUUUCUCUUAAAUUUCAUAAACAAUAUUAUUAAUAAUAAUUUUAAUAUUAGCAAUUUUACAAUUUAAAGGCUUAAGUUUAAAUUUAUAUAAUAAUAAAAUAUAGAAAAGACAGAAAUAUUUAUUUAUAAAUUUCUCNGAGUUUAGAAUCAGGAAAUAAAUAAAUAGAUAUAAACAAAGACAUCAAUGAUAAUGUUAUACAAAAUGAAGUAAAAUAAGUAUUAAUAAAUGUUUCUCCUUAAGAAUAAUUACAUUCUAAUGUACAAUCUUAAACUAAAUUUGGAAUUACUUAAUAACAAUAUUAAUAAAAAGAAUAACAGUAAGAAUAAUAACUAAAUAAAUGUAAAUAAACUAAUUCUUAACUCAAACCUGUCUCAAAGAAUAAUAUCAAUUAAUUAGAAUAGACUCACUAAAAAGGGUUAAUUAAUGAAAGUCAUGAUAUUAUUAAAGAUAUUCCUAAUACUUAAUAGUAAUUGAAGAUUUAAAAUAAUAAAAUAAAUAUAGAUACUGAUAAAUGCAUCAAGAACUAAUUUGAAAGAACUUAAAAAUCUGUACUUUUAAUUGAUAUUUUAGGAACAUUUCAUGAAUGAUUAAAUAAAAACCCUUAAACCAUAAGAUAAAUCCAAUAUUGCAUAAUAAUUGACAACAACAAAUGAUUCAAAUAAUAAAUCAAUAGAAAAUGAUAAUAAACAAUAACAAAUGAAAAUCUCAAAUGAUGGUUUAAUUUAAGAAAACAUAAAGUAAUAGUCUGAAUAAAAAGAUUAAGUUAAUCAAUAAAAUGAAUCAAAUACAACUUCAAAUUAAAUUGUUACUAGAUCUCAACUCAAAGCUGUUCAUAAGAUUAUGAGAACAUUGAAUCAAAAAGUAAAUUAUAUUAUUAAAAAAAAGCUUCAUUAAGAUGAUAUAAAAAUUCAAGUUAUUUGGGAUGAAGUUUUAGCUUAAUAAUCUGAUUUGGUACCUAAUUUUGAGAAAUUUAUUUAAUGCAUUCAAUUCUUGCAUAAUUUAGAAAAGGCACAUUUUGAUUAAUAAAAAUUGACUGCUUAAUUAUUGUGA